CUACUAUCUCGGUUGGGGAUGCUGACCUCAUCAUCAAAAACCCCUCUUAAAUCCAGUCACCGCCGGCGACCAACACCUAAACGAACUUCCGACACACGCAGCAAUGGUUCUACGGUUAAUCGGCCGCAUCGGAAGAAGACCAGCAUCCCUUUUCUCUACGCGCACUUUUUAUCGUCCUAUAACCCUAAUUCAAUAUCCUUCCCCCCAUCGAUCUCCAGUUGAACACAACUAUCCUCAACAAUCGAGAGGAUACGUAUCAGAGAUGCGAAAAUCAGCUUUCGAGGACCGCAUACGUAGACUCAUCCGCAACGACAUCCAAUACGAACUCGAUCGAUCUCCUCUAACUCAGCUUGUUCCCAAGUUCAAAUCUUUUGCAAUUGAUGAGAGACCUGGAGAGCAGUGGAUUAGAUUGAACAAGGCAUUUGGAGACAAUGAAGAGAUAAAAGUAGAGGUGACUAUGUUUCGAGUUUCUGCUCCUGAUACAAAAGAUAUUACAGAUAACAAUCCGGAGCUUUUCAUUUCAAUGGUGGUUGACAUCUUUAAGGAUGAAGAAAGUGGUAUUUUGGAGUUUGUGUGCAACGUGUGGCCUGAAAGUGUAGAGAUAGAGAAAGUUUUCAUGCAUGACCAAGAUGGAAUGACCGGUAAACCUUACUUGGGUCCUCCGUUUAAUGAUUUGGAUGAUGAGCUGCAGACUUCAUUGUAUGAUUUCCUGGAGAUGAGAGGUAUAAACGAUGAACUAGCUGUCUUCUUGCAUAAAUGUAUGCAACACAAAAAGAAGAAUGAAUAUAUUCGUUGGAUGGGAAGUGUCGAGUCUUUUGUAGCACGUAAACAGUAAGGGCAAACUCACUUUGCUUCCUGCUGCUGCUACUUAAUACUUGCAUCCUAUGCCUAUUGUUGCACUAAAAGUUGAGUGACUUCCCUCUAAUUGUUUCUAUUUAUCAUCUGAGACUCAUUUUGUAGAAUUUAUGGUCACUACUAGAAACUCUGACCUAUGCUUCAAUACAUGGCUUUAGUUUCCAUUCCUGCUGCUUCUGGAAUAGAGUAAUCCUAUCCUCUUUUACU